AUGGCGUACCAUAACCACAACCUUUCACAGCAAGACCUUCCACUCCACCAUUUCCCGAACCAAUCCAUAUUACCAGACCAACAACAACAACUUCCUUCCUCACCCGAACCAAACUCCAAACCUCCCUCCGAUCUCCAAACCGCGCCCAAUUGGCUCAACGACGCGCUUCUCCGCACUCACUACACCGAGACCACCACCAACGACGCCACAACCAACACCGCCACCGUCGCCGCCGCUGCCGCCAACAGUAAUGUUAACGGUUCCAAUUUCCUGAACCUCAACCCCGGUGCCUCCGACGCGCAGUGGCCGGCGCUCCACCGCCACCCUGGCGAGGUCAUCGACGCCGGCGCAGGGGACUCCAUGGUGGAGCACGCCGAUUUGAAGGGCGGCGGCGGAGACGGUGGUGGCGACGCCGUGAAUUGGCAGAUUGGACGGUGGAAGGCGGAGAUUCUGCAGCACCCGCUGUACGAGCAGCUGCUGUCGGCGCACGUGUCGUGCCUCCGGAUCGCCACGCCGGUGGACCAGCUGCCGAGGAUCGACGCGCAGCUGGCGCAGUCGCAGAAUGUGGUCGCGAAAUACGCAGCUUUCGGACACAACAACAUCGUCGCCGAUGACAAAGAACUCGAUCAGUUCAUGUCGCACUAUGUUUUGUUGCUCUGUUCCUUCAAAGAACAAUUGCAGCAGCAUGUCCGGGUCCAUGCAAUGGAAGCAGUAAUGGCUUGUUGGGAUAUAGAGCAAUCAUUGCAGAGUCUAACAGGAGUUUCACCUGGAGAAGGUACAGGGGCAACAAUGUCUGAUGAUGAAGAUGACCAAGUAGAUAGUGAUGCCAAUCUCUUUGAUAGUAGUUUCGAUGGGGCAGAUGGCAUGGGGUUUGGCCCUCUUGUUCCUACAGAGAGCGAGAGGUCCCUCAUGGAGCGAGUAAGACAAGAAUUAAAGCAUGAACUGAAACAGGGUUAUAAGGAGAAAAUUGUAGAUAUAAGAGAGGAAAUCUUGCGCAAGAGAAGAGCUGGGAAACUUCCUGGUGACACAACUUCUGUUCUUAAAGCUUGGUGGCAAUCACAUUCCAAGUGGCCUUACCCUACCGAGGAGGAUAAGGCAAGGUUGGUGCAGGAAACUGGAUUGCAAUUAAAGCAGAUUAAUAAUUGGUUUAUCAAUCAAAGGAAGAGGAAUUGGCACAGCAAUCCUUCAACUUCAACUGUCUUGAAGAGCAAACGCAAAAGAAGCAAUGCAGGUGAUAACUGAUGAUCGUUGCAUGUAAAUGGAGCAAAAAUAAAAAAACAGUGCAUGAAUGUCAACUCUUUCUCGUUUUGUCAAUCAUGGAAAGACAAUGAGAAAGAUUCACAUUUUGUAUCUGAUGGGCCAGGGUUAAAGCGGGUCAAGGAGCUAAUAUUGGUGAACCAGUUUACUUGUGCUUAAAGGCCUGCAAAUAGUUUAUAUAUAGUACUUGUGAUGCUACAAAAUUAGGAAGUUAAAUUAGGAAUCAUAUACCAACAGAGAAUUAUGAUUUUUGUUCAUGUUUUAUUGCUUUGUGAAAUAUAAUAUAUAGUAGCGACUAGCGAGGGGUUAUGGGUGUACAGUAAUAAGCUGUUCAUUUUUUUUUUCUUACAAUCAUACUCUUGUUUUUGUUCUUGUUCUUUCAAUUUGUAUUUGGUAAUGUAGAGAGUAAUUUGUUGUUGAAAUAUGGUAUAAGUUUUUACAUUUUAUAUAUAUUAUGUUAUCGGUA